GCUCGACCAACUCCAUGCCUUUUCCCAACUCUGCCCCUAGUCGCCAGGAGCUGUGACGCGUUCUAACGCAGCGCGUUCAUUGGCUGAGCAGAGAGGACUAUCCGGAAAGCGCUGGCGCAGGCCCUUCCUUUCUGCUCGCCGCCGCCAUCAUGGUGAGUUGUGUGAGCGAUCGCUCCGUGUGCCGGCGGUUCUGUAUGGAUCUAUUAGGCGGUGAUACCGAGUUAGAGAGGCUGGGGGCAAAGGGCCUAGGGCAGGCUACCCAGCGGUGUCGCCUGGUGAAGUACCUGGAUUGGAUUAAAGCCGGGAGCCGCCUGGGCCGCGUGGAGGCUCUCUGGGUGAAUAGGCCAUGGGGCUGGCGGACUGCAUCGCUCCUGGGCCCCCUAUCCGCAUACCUGGCUGGAUGUAACCACUCGGACCAGGCCAAUAGCAGGCUGCCUUCCACUGGCCCUGCACCCAGUCACAUUGCCCUCUGAUACUGGGCCUGUAGGAGCCGGGCAUGCUGCCCUCUGAUACUGGGGCUGUGAGAGCCGGGCAUGUUGCCCUCUGAUACUGGGGCUGUAGGAGCCGGGCAUGCUGCCCUCUGAUACUGGGCCUGCACCCAGUCACAUUGCCCUCUGAUACUGGGCCUGUAGGAGCCGGGCAUGCUGCCCUCUGAUACUGGGUCUGUAGGAGCCGGGCAUGCUGCCCUCUGAUACUGGGUCUGUAGGAGCCGGGCAUGCUGCCCUCUGAUACUGGGCCUGUAGGAGCCAGGCAUGCUGCCCUCUGAUACUGGGGCUGUGAGAGCCGGGCAUGUUGCCCUCUGAUACUGGGUCUGUAGGAGCCGGGCAUGCUGCCCUCUGAUACUGGGGCUGUAGGAGCCGGGCAUGCUGCCCUCUGAUACUGGGCCUGCACCCAGUCACAUUGCCCUCUGAUACUGGGCCUGUAGGAGCCGGGCAUGCUGCCCUCUGAUACUGGGGCUGUAGGAGCCGGGCAUGCUGCCCUCUGAUACUGGGCCUGUAGGAGCCGGGCAUGCUGCCCUCUGAUACUGGGUCUGUAUGAGCCGGGCUUGCUGCUCUCUGAUACUGGGGCUGUAGGAGCCGGGCAUGCUGCCCUCUGAUACUGGGGCUGUAGGAGCCGGGCAUGCUGCCCUCUGAUACUGGGGCUGUAGGAGCCGGGCAUGCCGCCCUCUGAUACUGGGCCUGUAGGAGCCGGGCAUGCCGCCCUCUGAUACUGGGCCUGUAGGAGCCGGGCAUGCUGCCCUCUGAUACUGGGUCUGUGGGAGCCGGGCAUGCUGCCCUCUGAUACUGGGUCUGUGGGAGCCGGGCAUGCUGCCCUCUGAUACUGGGCCUGUAGGAUCCGGGCAUGCUGCCCUCUGAUACUGGGUCUGUAGGAGCCAGGCACGCCGCCCUCUGAUACUGGCCCUGCACCCAGUCACAUUGCCCUCUGAUACUGCUGGAUACUGGGCCUGUAGGAGCCGGGCAUGCUGCCCUCUGAUACUGGGCCUGUAGGAGCCGGGCAUGCUGCCCUCUGAUACUGGGCCUGUAGGAGCCGGGCAUGCUGCCCUCUGAUACUGGGCCUGUAGGAGCCGGGCAUGCUGCCCUCUGAUACUGGGCCUGUAGGAGCCGGGCAUGCUGCCCUCUGUUACUGGGGCUGUAGGAGCCGGGCAUGCUGCCCUCUGUUACUGGGGCUGUAGGAGCCGGGCAUGUUGCUCUCUGAUACUGGGCCUGUAGGAGCCGGGCAUAUUGCCCUCUGAUACUGGGUCUGUGGGAGCCGGGCAUGCUGCCCUCUGAUACUGGGCUUGUAGAAGCCGGGCAUGCUGCCCUAUGAUACUGGGGCUGUAGAAGCCGGGCAUGCUGCCCUCUGAUACUGGGCCUGUAGGAGCCAGGCAUGUUGCGCUCUGAUACUGGGGCUGUAGGAUCCAGGCAUGCUGCGCUCUGUUACUGCGUCUGUAAGGCCAUGGUAAAUUCUAGUUACACUGUCCUGUAGUGCUGUCUGUUAGAACUAGCCACACUAUCCUCUGAUACAGGGUCUGCACGCCCAUGGUAAGUGUUGCUUCCCUGCUGACAUUGUGACUGCAUCAAAGGGUCUUUGAAUGUUAGGUGAUAGGAGAUGGAGCUUAAGUUUAAUGGAAGUAAAUCUCCCCAGCUCUUGGACAACUGGGGAGGCGUUUAGGCCAAGUUUUAUAUCUGCACGUUUAUAAAGUGUCAUGAAUAACAGACUCUAGACAUGUUUGAGUAUUUCUUUAAGGUGGAUUCAGUUUAUUUGCAAUGCUGAAUAAUUCAGAUCUUAAAUUUAUAAAAUUAAUUCCAUUGUGUUAAUAUCAGAUUUCUUGUAUGGGGAUGUUUUCCUUAGCUUUAUCUUUGCUAUUAGUAGUGUUCCACUUAACUAUUUAUUUUAAUGUACAGUAAUAGAUCAGUAGACCAAACAAAGUUUGAUUAAACACUUAAUUGCAAUAUUAAAAAAAUUUCUAUUGCAGGUGUUCAAGCGCUAUGUACAGAUUGGCCGGAUAGCCUACAUCUCAUUUGGACCUCACGCUGGCAAAUUAGUGGCAAUCGUUGACGUCAUUGACCAGAACAGGGUUAGUUUUUUGUUUUUUUUAUGAAUAAACUGAUGGUGUGUGGAGUAAAAAUUAAACCAGCCAAUCUUGGCUGCCUAUGCCACAGGUUUGUAUGCCAAAGGACUAAACAGCAUACAAAUGAAUGGAAGGAAAACCUCAACAGCCUCAGGCUUGAGAAAUACACCCAGUGUGCUGAAGCGUUGCCUUUCUGUGAUGACUGAAUACAUUGCCAUUGCAGCAAAGUUUGCCAAGUGUUUGGGUAUCCCUUGCUUUCAUUUGUAGAACAUUUUUGUAAUUUAUAUUUUUUGUUGUCUCGUGGAAGAUUGGUAAAUUAGUCUGCUUAAAAAAGUUUAUAGCUGUGAUGACCAGAAGCUCUAGGAGUCUUUAAAAAUAGUUACCAGAUGCUGUUCCAAGGAUAGCUAUCUGUGUGUUAAGAAAUGUUCUCCAGAAUUUUGAUUAACUAAUUGUUUUAUUUACAGGCCCUUGUAGAUGGUCCUUGCAGUGGUGUCAGAAGACAGGCCAUGCCAUUCAAGUGCAUGCAGCUUACAGACUUUGUUAUAAAGUUUCCCCACAGGUAUGUUACUAUUUCUUAUUGAACAACCUUGUUCUGUUUGGGGGUUCCUAGUGUUAUUUUUGACUUGUGUGGUGGUUUAUAUAAGCCUGCAGUUUGAUGUGUGAGUUGGUAUUUCCUGAUUUAUUUUACUUCAUCGUGCUAGCUAGAGUGGGUGGGAGUUCUUCUAAAAUCUAUGCUUCACCUUUUUAGUCUGGAUACUGAAUAAGUUAUGUGCAGUAGUGUCUUAUGUUCAUUAAACCAGCACACUAAAAUGGUAUUCAUAAUCUCUUAUAACCCACUGGGCGUGAGCCCUAUAGCUAAAAUUAAGUGAUAAAUUCUGGACCCUGAACUGGCUCCCUCAUCUUUUCAUAGCCCAGUAUGGGUGUCUAUUACACAAUAACAAAAAAUAUUGGUAGAAGGGAGACCAACAAUGGUCCGGGAAUGCUAUGCAAUGCAUUGUGAUUACCGCUGUUUUGUAUGAAACUAUUUGUAUCCUGUUACAACAUUGAACUUGCUUUCAUCCUUUUUACCACAAUAAAAUGAUAUUGAUAAAAAAAAAAAAUAAACCAGCACACUAGAUCAUGACUGACGUGUCCAUUUUGCGUCGAAAAGUUUGAUCUGACAGCGCACCCUGGGCGAGUUAUGUUUUGGUUUACGUCCCAAUAGACAAAGCACUUUCUGAGACUGAUUUGUUUAGUCCUUUUCUCAUUUAAGUUUUAAUUUAUCUGAUAUCUUGUAACUGCUUUUGCAAUUCAGUUAACGGUUUGAAAUAAAACUUUGAAUUCUAGUGCUCGUCAAAAGUUUGUUCGAGUUGCCUGGGAGAAGGAAAAGAUUAACGAGAAGUGGGCAGCAACAAAUUGGGCAAAGAAAAUUGAAGCCAGAGACAGGGUAAUGUAUCUUUUUAAUGUACAACACAGAGUAAACCUGCAUUCAUAUUAGAACUGUAAAUGUUUUGUUUCAACUAUAUCACCAAACUAACUUAAUUUCAAGUGGUCCAAUUGAUCUUUGAACUGCUGUAAAUCAUGGGUGGCUAAGGAAAAGCAUUUGUUAAUCUUCACACUUGCCCAGAUAUGUCUUGCUGCAGGUUUAAAGGACUACUAUAGGCACCCAGACCACUUCAGCUUAAUGAAGUGGUCUGGGUGCCAGGUCCAGCUAGGGUUAACCCUUUUUAAAAUUUUUGUGUUAUAUAAACAUAGCAGUUUCAGAGAAACUGCUAUGUUUUUAUAAUAGGGUUAAUCCAGCCUCCGGUGGCUGUCUCUUGACAACCGCUAGAUGCAUUGAGAAUGCUUUCCUAUGGACUGGCUGAAUGCGCACGUGGCUCUUGCCACGGAUGAGCAUUCAGCCGGUGACAGAAGAAGAGGGAGGAGAGCUCCCCGCCCGGCGCUGAAGAAAGAGGUAAGUUUAACCCCUUCCUCUCCCAAGAGCCUGGCGGGAGGGGGUCCCUGAGGGUGGGGGCACCCUCAGGGCACUUUAGUGCCGGGAAAACAAGUGUUUUCCCGGCACUAUAGUGGUCCUUUUAAGAUUAGGACCACAUUGUUUUUAUUCUAUUAUAUACAUAGUCUAGGUUGAGCUAAAGUCAAUCUAUUUCAACUUUGAAACUCAUUCUUUUAUGAUAAAAGAAGGCAAAAAAAACAAUUCUAGCAAUUUCCGGUUAUGUCACAAAAGUGGGAAACAAUCUUUCUUGACUCAUGGCAAUAAGAUUUAUUCUUGGAUUAACAACUUGUUCAUACAUGUCCAUAAUACCCAUGAAUGAAAAAAAAAAUAUAUAUAUAUAUAGAAUCUAAUAGGAGACUCUCUUUGGGUAGAGAAUUACAAUAGUUUUAUUGUUUUUACCGUCUAAUAUUUUCCUCUGCUCUAAGCGAAAAUACCUUUCUUCCUGCCUUUCAAUGGGUGACCUCACGAGGUACCUUUUUUCUAAAGUAAACAAGUACUCGCCCCCCCCCCCUUGUCUCUUCAAAACCAAGUGUUUUCUGUUCCCCUUUUUGAAUUUGUAGCUCACCUCUACACUCUUUCUAGUUUUGUAAUGUCCUACUUGCACCACAUUUUCAAAGUGGGGGGGGGUCUUACCAUUGAUUAUGAAGCCCUUGUUGUGGUGAUCCCUCAGCUGUCCCAAUAUUUGUUCUGUGAAACUGUUAGUGGAAAUGCAACCGGCGGUAAGUGUAACACACGCCAUACUCCUUGUCAGGAUGCGAAUCCCUGUAAGUGACUCAUCACGGACUCCAGCUUGGCAUAUUAGGGCAGUCAAGGAAUUGCCGUUCCUAGAGGCUUGGUUCCUUCAUAUGCAGUCUUAAUAAUCUAUACACUAAAGAUUGGCACUAUUAUUCCCUAUUUUAUCCACAUGGAUUCUAUAUUUUGAAGAUUUCUGCUUGUACCAUCUAAAGUGAUCUUGCCUCUAUUGGACGUACUAUGAGUUAGCCGCAUGUGUUUGUACCUCUUUCACAAAUGCUACAUUCUGUUAUAAAAACUGUUACAUAUUGACACUUUUCAACUUUCAGUGACUAUGAAUUUGUAAUGAGAAUGUGAAAUUGAUCUAAUUACAGCGUUAAACUGAGCUUUAUGCAACCAUUUAGACAUUUUGCAUUUAGUCAGUGUGUGCGCGUCCGUGGGGUUUUUAUUGUUGCUAUAUACUACCAUUUACUUGCUCCUGGUUUAUUUCAGUUUUUUACAUUUUAUUUUUUAUUGGAGAUAUCUUUUAUACCGUUAUAAUUGUUCUCAACUCCUUCAUUUAAUGUUAUCCCUAGCACAACACCAUUUAAUUUAUAAGUGACGUGUGGGGUUUUUUUCUCUCUCAAAAAUGCAUGAUUUUGCAUUUAUCUGUAGUGCAUUUCUUCAGCUACAUGACUGCCCAGUCCCCCAAUUUAUUCAAAUCAGAAUGUAUAAAGUGACUAUUUUUCUGCUUUUAAGCAUAGUCUAACUUAACUCAAUGAUGACUUUUUUUUGAAACCAUGGCGGUCAGAAUGUGCAAUAAUGUAUUUUUUUGUUUUUUUUUAUAAAUGUUUAUCGGAAGACAGUUCUACAUUAUAUUAUAGGUUUAGAUAUUAACCAUGUUCAAAGUGAACCUGUUCUCUGCUUUUUAUAGGCAAUGCUUGUAGGCUUUACAAAAAAAGCUAAUGUGAGAAGUUAAUGGGUGUUAAAGGCUUACAUGCCAGAAAUUGCAUUUUUUUUUUUUUUUUUUUUAAAGGACCACUAUAGUGCCAGGAAAACAUACUCGUUUUCCUGGCACUAUAGUGCCCUGAGGGUGCCCCCACCCUCAGGGUCCCCCUCCCGCCCGGCUCUGGAAGGGGAAAGGGGUUUAAACUUACCUUUUUCCAGCGCUGGGCGGGAAUCCUCCUUUCGCCCCGCCGGCUGAAUGCGCGCGCUGCAAGAGCUGCGCGCAUUCAGCGGUCUCAUAGGAAAGCAUUUACAAUGCUUUCCUAUGGCAGCGUGCUCUCACUGUGAAAAUCACAGUGAGACGCAAGCGCCUCUAGUGGCUGUCAAUGAGACAGCCACUAGAGGAUUAGGGGGAAGGCUUAACCCAUUCAUAAUUAUAGCAGUUUCUCUGAAACUGCUAUAAUUAUGAAAAAAUGGGUUAAUCCUAGAGGGACCUGGCACCCAGACCACUUCAUUAAGCUGAAGUGGUCUGGGUGCCUAGAGUGGUCCUUUAACAUGUCACAUGAUGGGGGCUGUAAUUUUUCUUCCUCUAUGUAUUCUUUAAAUUGUAAGACAUUUUUUUGGCACGUGUAGAAAAAAGUGGUGUGUAUUAACACGCUUAAAAAUAUAUUUAAAAUUUUUUUGAAAUGUUAAAAAUAUUCCUGAGUAGCUCAAAACACUUAAGAUGUAUCCCUUAAGCUCUGCACUCUUUUCCUAGCACAUCUUUUUCCUGUCAUGUGUUCAUUGUAUACAGGUAACUUUUUUUUAAAGAGGUAAACGUUAUUUGGUCUGCAGGGCACAGAAAGGCUUAAAAUCAGAGAAUUAAAGGAACACUUUAUGAUUAAAUAUCUUUAACCUUGGGGUCUUAUUUUAGAUUUAGAUCCUCUUUAAUAAUUGGGAAACACAAACACUAUCCUGUAAUCCAGCAAGGGACAGUCUUCUUGCAGCAAUUACUAUGUGAGAUCAGCUUUAAUCUCAUUCAAGUCCAGUGCUUUUUAUAGAGAAGCACUUGAGUACCUGUGGCGCAUGGGAAAUUGUUUUUGAAAUCACAUUCAUCUGCCCUGGAAGUAUUGGUCAAACCAGUAGUUGUACUGAUGGCUGGGAUGUGCAUGUGUCUCUACUGUCCAUAUUUAACAAUCUUUCCCUCAGUGUGGUGUAUGAGGGAGAACUGGUAAUGUGGGCACAUGCACUUCAAUUGUCAGUAUGGCUACUAUGUGGAAUGGCCAGGGAUAAAUAGCAUGUUACUUAGAGUUAAGUGGAGUCUGAUCCUCUUUAGUUUGUUUACUGGGUUUUUUAUAAUUUAAAUUUUUAAAAUUGUUUUUUUCUUUUCUCCAUGUAGAAGUCGAAGAUGUCAGACUUUGACCGUUACAAAGUUAUGAAGGCAAAGAAAAUGGUAUGUUUUUUUUGUUUUGUUUUGUUUUUUUUCUUUAACAGUGAUCGGUUUAAUUGAUUCUCUUCUAGUUGUUUAGUAAACCGAUUUUAUGGGGAGGUGUAGUCAAAAUUUGGUGUGUUUUUUUUUUUUUUUUUUAAACAGUAUGUACUUUUUCCUGCGUUAGUAUUACAUCAUGAAGCUGAUUAAAUAUGAUUCAUGCUCUUCAAAGCAUCCAUAUUUUUCUGCACUACAGCAUGUAUGUUACUUAAAUGGGCACACUAAGCGCCAUAACUACUAGAGAGCUUUGUACUAGUAAGAAAUAAAACUAUUUUAGUAAGAAAUAAAACUAUUUUAAUGAAUUGACAACUACCUGUGUUUCACAUGUACUUGUGAUAUUUCUGGUCUGUGAUCAUAGCUCCAAUCUAAUUUAGAAAUGUCUUGUCACUGUUAGGACUUGGCAGACACUCUAUAGCCAGUGAGUGAUAUCCAAAGUUGGAUAAAACUGAUAUUGCUAAAAUAGUAUAGUAACUUGUGCUUUAGAAACAGAGAAGACCAGGAGGGUCAUGGACACCCAGGUAAGUUUCAGAGUGUUAAGAAACAUUCUAUGGCACAAGGAGUGCCUUGGUGUACUGUUCCACAUAAAAGCAUAGUUUAAAAACGUACCUGGUUUCAUUGUGUGACCAGGUCGCAUCUGGUGUUCUACAGAACAUAUCUCUAUAAAACAAGACUCAUGAUCUAGGACUACUCUCUUUAGCUGAGAGCGCUUAGGUGACUCUCUCUAUGAAGGAGCACAUUCCUGCUUAACUCUGUAGAGCUAGUAGAUUGUUCUGCAGGUGAAAAAUGGAUGUAGGUGCUGCAUCUGCAUGCACCCAGCUUUACCGGAAUAAGUUGUCAAACUACUCUAAAACAGUUUGGCUACUUACCAUGGGAUAGUGCCAUGGCAUUCCUGGCACCAUAACCACUACAUCAGACUGGUGGGUAUGGUGCGUGGAGUGUUAAUUUGUAAGAUCUGUAUUUGUGUAUCAUGAUGGGAGAAGACAGUCAGGCCAGUGACCACACAAUAUAUUUUCUUACACUGUUUUUUGUUAUCUUUUCACAGAGGAACAAGAUCAUCAGACAUGAAAUGAAAAAGCUCCAAAAGGAGGCCAAAGCUGCCAAGAAAGCAUAAUUUCUUAGUGGGCAUAUAAUAAAAUCCUGUUUAUAAAUCAUUCUGUAUCUUGAGUAAUUGCAAUGAGUAUGUAAAUGUUAAGAUAAUGUAGAGAACUCGAUUUUAGU